AUGUCUGAGAUUCUCCCCUACAGUGAGGAUAAGAUGGGGCACUAUGGCUCAGACACCGAGGUGGGGCAGAUCUCCUUCAGCUGCCGUCUUCAGGACACCAGCGCUUUUUUUGGGGGCAACCAGCAGAAAAGACCCCCAAAACUGGGACAGAUCGGAAGAGCAAAGAGAGGUAAGAGGAUGAGGUGUUCAGGUCUCUAUCAGACCCAUCCAUCUAUCUACUCCACUGGAUGUAAAGCUGUAUCUACAUCCCAACACCUAUCUUCAUUCCAGCCGUUCUUUUUAUCUCCCAACGCUCAAAAUACAUUGCUCAUCUCUCAAUUCCCUGGUGUGUUUGUUGUCUAUCUCAAGCUUCUUCAACCCCUGCUCAUCUCAGUAUUCCGUUCUCCAUUUGUGAUCCCCUAUCAUCCAUCUGUGUCCCACAAAAUCUGCUACUCCCCAUAG